CUCACCACCCACUUUCUUUCCCUAUGGCUAUUGUUGCUCUCACAGGAAUUUCCUGCAUUCAUCUGCUAAAGUGGCUGUGAUCCAUGAAAACUUAUGUGAUAAUCAAAUUGGCUAGUCUUUAAGGUGAAUAUACUUCAUCCCCUGCCUAUUUUCUCCAAAACAACUACCUUGUGAGAUGGAUUGGGCUGAGCAAAAGUUACGGACCCAAAGUUACCUUGCGUCUUUCCUACCUAGAGGAGGCUUAGAACUCAGUCUUUCACCACACUAAACUAGCGCUUUUAAUUUUAUGGUUUCGUAGUUUGACUGCUGUUGUGAGCCACUCGUUAAUUAUGCUCUGUGCCGAAAAGACAUAGAAAGCUCUUAAAAUAAAUGACCUAUAGUAUUGUUUAACCCAGUAGUAUUUAACAAUUCCAGAUAUUAAAUCUGUGGGAACACUUUAUAUAUAAAAAUGAAGAUUAAAUAAUAAAAAACAUGUCUGACUAAAGAGACAUCCAUCAAUAAUUUGGUAAACCUCAUGAACAAGCUAAACACAGUGCUAAACAAGAUUCUUUACUAGUCAUUUGCUUUAGGACUGACAGCAAGAGAAUGGCAUGUGGUAAUUGAAACAACUAAGAUACUAUGUUUAAUUGCACACUUUUAAAACUUUCUGCUUAGCGGGAUGUUAUUUACUCCCAGGAAAAAGUCUUGAUGGGAUUAGAGACAAAAUGCCUCUGUUCAUUUGGAAACAAAUUCUUUUGGUAGCAAAUGAAGAAGCCAACCCUCUCGCCGGGCUACCAUUCCUGGAUUACAAAACCCCGGACCACCAAAGGGGUUAAUUUCUCUCCUCCGCCCCGCUUUUCGCGCCGUGAUUUCCAAGCCCUCCGUAGCAACAGCGAAAGGCGCGCCUUCACCACUCCCGCCGGCCAGACGAAGAACCCGAGAUCAGGGAGACCGGCCGACCACACCCACUCUUCCCUUUUUUUUUUGGCCCGGAAGGAGUUGCCUGCUUGGCCUCGGAAGUUGUCUUGGGCAGGGUCCGGCCCAGAGCGAGGCCUGGCUGCUACUCUUGGGACUGGAAUUCCGGCUAAUCCAGGCAGGUGUGGACCCCGGUCGGUUGCCUCUUCGCCACCUGUAAGCCAGUCGGCCUCAUGAAGAAGAUGGCAAAUGUCUGUUAAAUUUUUUCCGGAUGGCAGAUAGCAUUUUCCAGAGUCCAGAUUUUCCAGAUGGCAUUCAGAUGGCAAUACCUUUUCCAGAUGGCAAAAUAUUUUAGUAAAAUCUUCCUGAGAACUUCCACCACUUUUUAAUCAGUUUAGUGCCUUUUGCUCUAUAUUUUUGCUUAUCUCAGCAAUAAGCCUUAUAUAUACAGUAACAAAUAAUAGGAUGAUAGCAGCUUGGAGAACUGUUGAUAAAAGAGAACAAAAUCUUUACUGCCCUCACAAGAGAAACUGUCAUAAGGUCCAGCAACUAUCUGAAAAGAAAACAUGAUGUUUUGAAUUAUGAAAGGAUUACUGCUGCUAUACCAGAGGCUACGAAUAUUAAUGGCCAAAUCUAGUAAUCACACGGUCUUCUAAAGAAGUCAUGGGUAGCUGUUGUAGCUGUCCUGAUAAAGAAGCAGUCCCUGAUAACCAUCGAAACAAAUUUAAGGUUAUUAAUGUGGAUGAUGAUGGUAAUGAAUUGGGUUCUGGUAUAAUGGAACUUACAGAUACAGAAUUAAUCUUGUAUACCCGUAAACGGGAUUCUGUCAAGUGGCAUUAUCUCUGUCUGCGCCGUUAUGGCUAUGAUUCCAAUCUAUUCUCAUUUGAAAGUGGUCGAAGAUGUCAAACUGGACCAGGGAUAUUUGCCUUCAAGUGUGCUCGUGCAGAGGAACUGUUUAAUAUGCUGCAGGAAAUCAUGCAGAACAAUAGCAUAAAUGUAGUAGAAGAACCAGUUAUAGAAAGGAGUCUUCAUCAAACAGAGAUUGAGGUUCCAAGAACACCUCUCACACCUACCACACCUGGAUUGAGUGGGCAGAAUUUACCUAAUGGGUACCCAAGGUAUCCCUCCUAUGGAGAUGCUUCAUCACAUCCUUCCAGCAGACACCCUUCAGUAGGAAGUGCACGUCUUCCUUCAGUAGGUGAAGAGUCCACACACCCCUUACUUGUAGCAGAGGAACAAGUCCAUACAUAUGUGAAUACAACGGGCGUACAGGAAGAAAGAAAAAACAAACCAACUACACGCACACCUCUGGAACAAAAGGUUCCCAAUGCAGAAACAAACAAGGCAAGAGAAGAAGAGACUUCCUCUGAUGACAGGGAUGCCCAGGUUGUACUGGAACCUCAAGGAGUCAAAUUUGUUUUGGGCCCUACUCCUGUCCAGCGGCAGUUAAUGGAGAAGGAAAAACUGGAAUCAAGUGGGAACAGUACUCAAAUUAGUGGGAACAAUACUGAAACAAGUGGUAGCAGUACUCAAGCUAGUGGAAACAGUAACAAUGAAUGGGAUACUGGAUAUGACAGUGAUGAACGCAAAGAAGUUUCUUCUGGUAAUAAACUAACAUAUGAAAAUGUAAAUAGAUUGUCUAUCCCUAAUGCUCCAGGGCACAGGAGAGGUCGUCUAGUGUCAUCCAAUACUUCUGAUACUCAAAACAUCAAUAAUUCAGCUCAAAGGAGAACUGCACUGUUAAAUUAUGAAAAUCUUCCUUCUUUGCCUCCAGUUUGGGAAGCUCAUAAGCUAAGUAAAGAAGAGGAUGACAGUUUAGGACCAAAGACUCCCUCUUUGAAUGGCUAUCAUAAUAACUUAGAUCCCAUGCAUAAUUAUGUCAAUACAGAGAAUGUAACAGUACCAUCAAGUGCUCACAAAGUCGAAUAUGCAAGACGCCGGGACUGUACCCCUACAGUCUUCAAUUUUGAUAUUAGGCGACCAAGUUCAGAACACAGGCAACUCAAUUAUAUACAAGUUGAUUUGGAAGCUGGCAGUGACUCUGAUAAUCCACAGACUCCCAAAACUCCUACUACUCCACUUCCCCCAACACCAACCAGGCGCACUGAGCUAUAUGCUGUGAUAGAUAUUGAAAGAACUGCUGCUAUGUCAAACUUGCAGAAAGCACUGCCACGAGACGAUGGUACUUCUAGAAAAACUAGGCAUAACAGUACUGACCUGCCCAUGUGAACCUGGAAAGCAGUAGUGAAAUCAUUUGCACCUUUGUGAAGAAUUGUUUUAAUUGGAUGAGUGCUGUUUUAUUUUUGAAUGCUAUCACCUUUCAUAGAUUAAUAGAUUUUUCUGAAUACUUCAUUUGCUUGCUUAAAGGGAAUUUAAGGUAGAAAAAGUAUUAAAUAACAUUAUCACUUUAUAAUUAUAGAAACAGCUUUUAAAUAUUUUUGCCAUUUUUAUAGUGCCUAUUUUAUUGUCUGAAAGUUAUAGUAGCCAAUUAUAACAAAUUGGCCAUGUGCCUAAAAUCACUGUCAAGGCAUUAUGACACUCCUAUGCUGCCUGAAACUUGCAUUAUUUGCAAAUCAGUAGAAUUUCUCAUAGUAUAUUAAUAGACUCACAGAUUCCAGUUGAAUUUAUGUGUGAUAUAAAUGAGACUUGUCAAAUCAUGGUACAGUUUUCUUUCAGAGUGCUGAGUUUAUGAGAAAGGACUGACAGGCAGCUGUUACCCUCCAAACUUCUCCUAACAGGAGCAGCUUUCUAUAGUAAAUCCUUUUAUUAAAUCUAAUAAAGCCAAUUUUAGUACUGAGGAGAAUGCUGUUUAGUGGCUGAUUUGGGAGAGAGAAAAAUGGAUGAAAUUGUCAUCUUCAUUAAGAUUUCAUUCAGAUGUCAUGUAGCUCAUUGAACUGGUUUAAAAUUACCCAUGAUCUUUAGAUGCACUUUAAAUUCACUAACCACAAGUCCAACAACUAGUAAUUUAAAACAUGCUCUGGUACAAAUUUAUUAAAAAGUUUGUGUGUUUUUUGCUUUCUCAAGUUAAUAACAACAGGUAAAUAAUAUGAAGAAGGUACAUCAUUUAGCAGGAAAAUGACAUGCACCUAAAUAAUUUCAAACCUUUUGCCAAGUGAAGAUGGAUAUUGUUAAAGGAGUAUUAUGCUUUAUGGGCUAAGGGCUAUAAAUUGUAUAUAUAGGACAUAAAGGAUGAUAUUGCAUUUACCUACAGUGCAAUUUUUCUAGCUCUUUUUUCUAUGUGUAGCUCUAUUACUUCAUCUAAAACUGCUUUUGAGACCUUCAAAGAACUACGAAGGCCUCCUGGAACAACAAUUCCAUGCAUUCUGACAGGAUGCAAACAGAAGUAAAAAAAUCAGGCCUCCACUUAAUGCAUUCAAAAGUACCAUUAAUGCACAGGUCUCUUUAGUUUUUGACUUCUGUGUUAGCUAUUUUUUUAAAUAUACCAACUUGAGUUUAUAUUUCACCUGCCACUAUUGUUACAUGAGAUACAGCAUUAAUUUUUUUCUAUCAGGUUUCUUCUAUCAAAGAAUUUAAAAUUUGUCUUACUUUAGAUAGCUCCUUUUUAUACUUUUAUACAGAUACUCACUCUCUAGAUGUUUUUAAUAUAAUUCACAAUCAUGUAUCUACAAUGGGUUCUUUUUACCUUUUACUUUUGAAAAUCUUUUCAGUUGUAUCAGUAGCUUAACUCUGUAUGUAAUUUGUGUUCAGCAUAUUUUCUGUGUUUCAUCUUGUUCAAUGUUUUUCAUUUGUAUUGGAAAGGCCCAUUUGUAAUAAUGUCAAUUAAGAGAAAGCCAACUUUCACAAAUUUAAAGAUGCAUUAUAUUCAUUUCAGAGCAUUGUUAUUUUUACAGAGGCAUCAUGCCUUUCAAAUUUCAUAUUUGGUUUAAUCCAGAAAAAAGGAACUGCAAACCAAAAUAUCAAAGUUAGAAUGAUGGAUUUACUACAUUAUAUGACUUACUUAUAAAAGCCACUAACAUGGUUUAAUUCUAUGAAUAAUGAGUUUGUAGUCCUGUUAUCUACAAGCAAAAAUCCUUUAAGUUCUGUUAUCAGCUACUCUUUUUUAUAAUGUGAUUGAUAUCAGAUAAUCUUCUUAAGUCAGUUUUAGUAAAAGUAAAAAUGGAAUGCCUACUGAAUGUAUAGGUAAUCUCUUAAAUUAAUACUCAUAACUCUUUAAUAGAUUUGCCAUUUCUGAUUUUUUUACCUUUCAAUCUAUUUUUUACUCUGUCAAAUUCCCAGUUAGAAGUCUGUACGUAUAUAGUGGUGUGCAAAGUUUAUAAUAGUAUGAAGCAGUUUUUAUCUACAAUUCAAAAAAGUAAAACCUUUUAUAAGCAGCUAUAAAGUUUAUACGGGUAGUCCUCAAUUUACAACAAUUGGGACUGGAAUUUUGGUUGUAAGUCAGGAAACUAUGUGAUCAGACCUGAUUUUUUUUACAGUGGUAGUUAAACAAAUCACAUGGUCAUAAGUCCAAAUCCUGCAAUUGUUAAGCAAAUCUUAUGGUCAUAAGUCCAAAUCCACUUUCCCAAGUGGAUAUUUUUUGCUGAAAACUAGCAAAAAAUGUCACAGAUCAUGCUCAUGGGACGCUGCAACCAGUUUUAAAUGUGAGCUGGGGGGGGGGGGAGAGCACAUUUUAUGGUGGCCAGAAGUGCUUUAUGGGCCAGUAAAACAGCCUGAGGCCAUCCAAACUCUGAACGGUUGCUAUAGGUAGAGAACUAUCUGAAGAGAUGUUGCCAUUCUAAUGCAUUUUGAGAAUGUAGGAAAAAAGUGGUUUAACUAGUAUGGUUUCCUAGGGGAAAAACAAAACAAAGCCAGACAUUAUGAAAAAACUGAAAUCUAGAGGAAGCCUAUUUCCUCAUUGGACUUAAAAAGCAUGAAUUAUAUAGACCAGCACAUAAUGAUACUGUUUCAUAUAUUUAUAAAAUUUCAAAAUUGCAUUUUUAUUCAAAUGGUAAUUCAAAUCUGGCCAGUGUUAUAGCAUAAUAUAUUUUGUCUAAAGCUGCAAUCCUUCAUCUACUUACUUGGGGCUAAGUCCUAUUAGAAGUCUGUUUUCACUUACUUCUCAAUAGACAUCCAUACAUUUGUACCAUAAGGUAUUGGUUUUUUCAACAGUUAAGAAAAUGGGAAAACAUUGAAAUGAUCAAUAUAGUAAUAAAGUAAGAUUUUAUUAUUUGAAUUUAAAAUGAUAUGUAGACCUUAGUAUAAUCAUGCAGAAAUUAAAGGAUUUCUUAUU